AUGUCUUCAUCUACUGAAGCAAUGCAAGGGAGAGUCACGUACUAUGUGGACAGUUCCCUGUUGUCUCCCCCACUGAGAACUACUUGGUCCUCGAUCCGGGUCCCUAAAGAAUCUCACAAAUCUUUUCAUCCAGAGGCUAUGCCCGAAAGGACCAUAAUUUGUGGUCUGGUUCACAACACUACAAAACACCAACUUACAGGGACCUCUUUGAUAGCAUUCAUUAGGACUGCAGAGAGGUCAUUGCGUGAGAUUGAAAAGAAGUUGGAAGUCAGUGGGUUUCCUGACAACGUGAAAUCACAAAAACGGAACACGGAAACCAGACACACCAGGUCAUUAAUCAUAACCAGUGUAUGUAUCAAAUUAUUGGAGGAUAUAGUCAACACUCUGGCCGUGACAGAAGAGGGUCGAAAGUGCCUUUCACAGACUUUCACAGCAGCUCUACUCGCACCAAACUCUCCAAUCAAGCGGUAUCUCCAAUCAAAAUCAUUGGAAGAGUACUUCCGAAGGGAUCUACCAGGACUCCGUGGUUACUCGGUGCUGUUUAAAGCAGACCCCGCACUGUUAAAUCUUCCACCUCGGUUUAGAGACAGGCAAAGGGAAUGA